AUGCCUGAAGAUUUAGAAAUAGGAAAUGAAGAUGAAGCGAAUAAGUGCAAACCACAAAUUAAAAAUCUUCUGCAAAGCGGAGAAUACACAUUGGAUAACGUUUACAAUGUCGAUUGCUUAGGAAUACUGUGGACAGAACUACCACAAAACACUGCACUGUAUAACGCAUCACAAAAGAUGCCUAACCCGCACGGAGAAAAAGUUACGAUACUUCUUGGUGCAAAUGCUACCGGAAGUCAUCAGUUGCCAGUACUAGUAGUCGGAACAAAAAAGUAUCCUCCAUGUUUAAAAUCCUUCAGAAUUCUGACAAGUAUCUACAGAGGUAGCGACCUGGCUAUCAUAGACAGUAACCUUUUCGAUGAAUGGUUCGAUAUAUGUUUCUUAAAAUCAGUUAGAGAAAGACAACAGGAAAAAGGGCGCAGAAUGAAAACGCUGCUGUUGCUAGAUAACGUUUUCCCUCAUCACGAAACCGGAAUAGUAAGUACAAAAGAUGAAUUAGUUAAAAUCAUGUAUCUUUCAUGUGACGCUGCACCGCUCAUACAACCAAUGGAUCAUGGAAUAAUCGAAUGUUUCAAGCGAAAGUGCCAAAUCCAAUUGCUGAAAACAUUAGUUCCAUGUACUGAACCCUCUACAAAGGAAGCAGUGGUAAAUGACCACUAUGACUUAAAUAUGUGGGAUUGUUGCCGCAUGGCAAGUCAUGCUUGGACAAAUGUCAGCACGUCAAUACUGAAAAACGCGUGGGACAACCUUCUGAAGGAUGAAGGCGGGCAGAGUUUGGAAGAGCUCGAAAUAAGACAGGACAUAGAUAAAGCACUUGAAGAACUGAGUAAAAUACCAGGAUGCGAAAGGUGUGACAGUAUCGCUGUGAUGAACUGGUUUGAUACUAAUAAGAAAUAUGCCGCCCCACUAGUCGAUGUCAACAGUGCUCUUAUGCA